GGGCGGGAGAGGACGAGGGCUGCUGCAGGCGGCGGGGGUGCGCGGCAGCCAGGGGGCGGAGCCCAGCGCGAGCCGCAGGCGAGGCGGCGGCCGCACUCGGACCCGGGAAGCUGUGCGCUUUUCCCGAUUCUCCGCGGAGGAUCCUAGAAACAUUGUGCAAUGAAUGGUGACACGCGGGCCGCAGUGGUGACCUCACCACCUCCAACCACAGCCCCUCACAAGGAGAGGUACUUUGACAGAGUCGAUGAGAACAAUCCAGAAUAUUUGCGGGAGAGGAACAUGGCACCAGACCUUCGUCAGGACUUCAAUAUGAUGGAGCAGAAGAAGAGGGUGUCUAUGAUUCUGCAGAGUCCCGCCUUCUGUGAAGAGCUGGAGUCUAUGAUACAGGAGCAGUUUAAGAAGGGGAAGAACCCUACAGGCCUGUUGGCAUUACAGCAGAUUGCGGAUUUCAUGACGGCGAGUGUGCCCAAUGUCUACCCGGCAGCUCCACAAGGAGGAAUGGCCGCCCUGAACAUGAGUCUUGGUAUGGUUACUCCUGUGAAUGACCUUAGAGGAUCUGAUUCUAUUGCAUAUGACAAGGGGGAGAAGUUACUGCGAUGUAAGCUGGCAGCAUUUUACAGACUAGCAGACCUCUUUGGCUGGUCUCAGCUUAUCUACAAUCACAUCACAACCAGAGUGAACUCUGAGCAGGAGCACUUCCUCAUCGUGCCUUUCGGACUUCUCUACAGUGAAGUGACUGCGUCCAGCCUGGUUAAGGUCAAUCUACAAGGAGACAUAGUAGACCGCGGAAGUACUAACCUGGGAGUCAACCAGGCCGGCUUCACCUUGCACUCGGCCAUUUAUGCUGCACGACCAGAUGCCAAGUGCAUUGUGCACAUUCACACACCAGCAGGGGCUGCGGUCUCUGCAAUGAAGUGUGGGCUCUUGCCUAUUUCCCCGGAGGCGCUUUCCCUUGGAGAGGUUGCUUAUCAUGACUAUCAUGGCAUUCUGGUUGAUGAAGAGGAAAAAAUUUUGAUUCAGAAGAAUCUGGGCCCUAAAAGCAAGGUUCUCAUUCUCCGGAAUCACGGGCUCGUGUCAGUUGGAGAGAGUGUGGAGGAGGCCUUCUUUUAUAUCCACAACCUUGUGGUUGCAUGUGAGAUCCAGGUUCGAACUCUGGCAAGUGCUGGAGGACCAGACAACUUAGUUCUGCUGGAUCCUGGGAAGUACAAAGCCAAAUCCCGUUCUCCAGGGACUCCAGCAGGGGAAGGCUCUGGAUCACCUCCCAAGUGGCAGAUUGGGGAGCAGGAAUUUGAAGCUCUUAUGCGGAUGCUCGAUAAUCUGGGCUACAGAACUGGCUACCCCUAUCGAUACCCUGCUCUGAGAGAGAGAUCUAAAAAGUACAGCGAUGUGGAAGUCCCUGCCAGUGUCACCGGCCACUCCUUUGCUAGUGACGGCGAUUCGGGCACUUGCUCGCCGCUCAGACACAGUUUUCAGAAGCAGCAGCGAGAGAAGACAAGAUGGCUGAACUCUGGCCGGGGUGAUGACGCUUCUGAGGAGGGGCAGAACGGAAGCAGUCCCAAGUCGAAGACUAAGGUGUGGACGAACAUUACACACGAUCACGUGAAACCCUUGCUGCAGUCUCUCUCGUCCGGUGUCUGCGUGCCAAGCUGUAUUACCAACUGCUUGUGGACUAAAGAGGAUGGACAUAGAACUUCCACCUCUGCUGUCCCUAACCUGUUUGUUCCAUUGAACACUAACCCAAAAGAGGUCCAGGAGAUGAGGAACAAGAUUCGAGAGCAGAACUUACAGGACAUUAAGACGGCAGGACCUCAGUCGCAGGUUUUGUGUGGUGUGAUGAUGGACAGAAGCCUUGUCCAGGAUGCACCCCUCUCUGACUGUACGGAAACUAUCGAAGGGCUCGAGCGUACAGAGCAGACCUUUAGUCCCGCUAAAUCUGUCUCUUUUAGAAAGGGGGAGCUCGUGACGGCCUCCAAAGCCAUCAUUGAGAAGGAAUACCAGCCUCAUGUAAUUGUGAGCACCACAGGUCCCAACCCCUUCAACACGCUCACAGACCGUGAACUAGAGGAAUACCGCCGAGAGGUGGAGCGGAAGCAGAAGGGCUCUGAAGAGAACCUGGACGAGACAAGAGAGCAGAAAGAGAAGAGUCCUCCAGACCAGUCAGCUGUUCCCAACACUCCGCCCAGCACUCCCGUCAAGCUUGAAGGAGCAGGAGACGGAUGUGCUAAAGAGUACCUGUUACCCUAGUAAGUACCCGCGCCUGCCUCUGCUCUAACCAGGUGCUUGCGCUAUGCCUCGCUUUCCUGCUUCUCUGUUGCUUAUGUUUUCUGUAUAUCCAAAUAAAAACAGAAGGCUUCAUUAAUAUGACCAGUCUGUCAGUGACCACUUGGUCAUUAGAAAGCUGAAGGGUGGGGUCGGCUUCCCAGGAUGCUCCAGUGCUGCUCAGCAUACUCUGGGCCUCAGAAAACUUUAACUUCUGAGCCUAUUUCUUGAUUGCUUAGUGGGGUGCUUUUGCCAUAAAGGGUCAGGAGUAGAUCAGACUGGGUUCUGACAGGGUGGAUUCUGCUAACUGAUAUUUAUGGAAGUUUGUUUGAACCUGUGCUUAAGUUGGGAUGGACAGCUUGGCUGGAGUGAUAGUUGGUUUGCAGUGAGCUUGGCAGAGAGAGCCCUGGUGCUAGGGUGUAUGGAGCCUAUGGGCUUGCCGUCCUCUCUCUCCCAGUUAUCCUGGGUCGGAGGAUAGCCAUCAGGGCGCUCUCCUGGGGCAUCUCCAGCCUCCCGAGCUUAAGCACUCAGGUUUGAGGCUUGGAGCCUUCAGUGCCCAGGCUGCUCCUAACCCAUGCUUAGCUCAGCUGCUCUUGGUCCUGAUCUUUGGCUUGAUUUUUAAGUACUAAAUGGUUUGGUGUUGCCUAACAUGCCAAUUACUUAUAAUUUUACAGACUAAAUAUCUCUAAUAGUGGUGUCCCCUGGUCAUGUAGAUCCGUGCUGUGCCCUAGGUGGAACCUUCCUUCACUCUGUUGCGUUUGCUCUUUCUGUUUAGCUGUUCGAAUUGUGAGGGCAGCCUGUCCCACAGUUUAUCUCAUAGCUAACCAUAGUUUGAUAUUAUUGCAUAAGGGCUCUCAUAGUUGACUCCUAGUUUUGUACUGGCUGUCAUGGGGGAGACCCAGUGUUGUAGAACCAAAUUUAGACUUAAUUCCUGGACAGUAAUACACCAGCAAACCUGUCUUCAUUGUCCAGUAGAGUAACGUGUCCUGAUGUGGCCUUUUUGCAGAAGUGGCAGGCUAUAGCUCUGGCUCCUAUCUGCCUGCUCUUCAUGAGAAGGUACUAGAACCCCUCUGAGAUUGAGUCUACAUUUCAUAAUGUGCUAUAUCCAGUCGUAGAGUAGUGUCAAGGUUUUGAUCUAGGAAAUGCCUAGAAACUACCAGGGGUUGGAAGCUCUGGCCCAUGCUCUUAUUUCCAGCUGCUCUGUCCAAAUUUUAACUCAUCUCUUUCAUGGUCGCCCAUCAGGCCUUCCCCAGGAGCCGACAUCCAGGGAUGGCAGCGAUGCCACCACCUCCAAGCCGACUCCCCCUGACCUCUCCCCUGAUGAGCCUUCAGAAGCACUUGCCUUCCCAACAGUGGCAGAGGAAGCCCAUGCUUCCCCAGACACCACUCAGCCCCUUGCUGAGGCUGACCCUGAGCCAGCCUCAGCCUCAGCUCCAGGAGCUGAAGAGGUAGCCUCCCCUGCCACUGAGGAGGGGUCUCCCAUGGACCCUGGCAGCGAUGGGUCUCCAGGCAAGUCCCCAUCCAAGAAGAAGAAGAAGUUCCGCACCCCGUCCUUCCUGAAGAAGAGCAAGAAGAAGAGUGACUCCUGAAGGCCCACCCUGCAUACUGUCGUGUCUGAAGGCCUGGCUCUGCCAGGACUCCCUCCUCUGUCUUGUGUUCUGUCCUCUCGUGUAAUGGAAUGCAAAAAGCCAAGACCUCCAUGUAACUAGAGCCCCCUCCCAUGUAUGGUCAGCCCCUGCACCAGUGCUAACCCAGUGUGUGCUCAGCCCCUCUACCCUGGGCCUUGGGUUCUGUGGGGAGUUGGGCUUAGCCUGCACCUGUGAGUUGUGCCCCCCUGCAGGAGGGGGACACUGAAUCCUGGUCCUGGCUGGAAGGCAUAGGAGGCUUCUGCCAGCUCUGGUUACAGCGUCACCCUCCUGAGCCUUGCCUCUCACUCUCCUUUCUGUCGUGAGUAUUGAAUUGUCUGCUCAGUUUCCCUCCACCCUGUGGAGUCUCAGGUGGCUGAUUUGGACUCGGCUUUGCUGGCAUCCUCUGCUCCGUGAUGUCAGUUAUCCCCAUACACAGGUAUCCACAUACCCCAGCCAUGGUCUGAGAAAACACUCUCAUGUCCAUCCGCGGCCCACACUGUGGCUGCCUUAAAGACAUGGGUUAAGUCUGCUGCCCUAGCAGUGAGCAACCCUUUGUAUACCCAGCACAACGCUAUGCAUGGUCUAACUGAUGACCCCAUGACCAAAACCACAUUCAGGCGCUCAUAGUUGACCUUACCGGGGUCUUGCAUUCCCAUCUUAGGGAACAGAUACCAGGAGGGGGAAGAGUCCUUUCUAAAACUUUGUUUCAGCAGGUUUGCGAUUUAGCCUCCAUUUUUACUGUGAACUUGAACAGGCCACUUUUUGCGUUAGUUUUUGUUGUAGAGCCUAUGACAGACUGCAGCAGAACACUCUUGACUUGUGUGGGGAGGUUUUGUAGGAACAGGGACCAUAACUCAGUCUGAACGAUGCCCUGGUUUUGAUAGGGAUGGUAACUCAUGGUUGAAGCUGGCUUUGGAGGUGCCAUCUAAUGUCUUGCAUCAUUCAUGGAGCCCAUGACCUUCUUGGUCAUCCCUUAUGAAUUUUUACCUAACUUUUAUCCCUGGAAAAGGGCUUGAAACUGCUUUAGUGAGUGGGGAAGCCGAGUGUCAGGUGGAAUCCUAAGGGGCCUUGUUCCAGGAGCUGCCACUGCCAGCCUGACUAGGAGAGGGAGCCUGCUGGGGCCCUCCACGCCCCUGCUGGGUUGGGCCUCAUAGAGCGGGUGCUCGGAUGUGGACAGAACCCUGUGAUCUCCCAAUGGGGCACCAAGCAGGACCCCACAGCCUGCUGUACUGCUAGUCCCACUAGUCACCACGGUGGCCUGAGCUCUCACCUGGUCCUGAGUCCCCUCAUCUGGACUCCUCCUCGUCUUCCUUCUGGCCCUUCCUUUAUCCCACAUAUGCAAUGACUUCUCACUUUUGUAGUCUAAUCUUUGUAUUACACACGGAAUAUCGCUGCAUAUAUGGACAGACUUGGAGGACAGGUCCUGUGUGUCCUUUCCUCGUCGUAACAGGUCUUACUCACAAAUAAAAGUCUUUAAGCAGUUUCUUUGUCUAA